CCUCAGGCCCAGAGCCGCUCUUGCCCGGCACUGUCUUCCAUUUCCCGCCGUGUGAAGUAUAUAAACAUGACAUUCCUCCAUGCUUUGGAGUGAUGAAUUGAACGUUAUCAAUUGAAUCUCUCGUCAUCCUCUUUUUCAACCUCCGUGAAGAGAUACUUUCGAUUAAUUCUCAACAGUCUUCACCUAAGCUUUACGCUUAUAUCCAGCUAACUCUACCUUUCCCUUCAAAUACACACAUUACUUCUACAACACACAUUCUCAUACAUCAUAAUGUCUGUCUCCAUUGAAACCACCGACAUUGCCCCCGCCGCUCUUACCACGCAGGCGGACCCCUGCCUCGGUUCCAAGAACAGAAUGCCCGAGUUCAGUUUGGCUGGAAAAAUCGUCUGUGUUUCCGGUGCUGCUCGUGGCCUUGGCCUGACUCAAGCUGAAGCCCUUUUGGAGGCUGGAGCCAAGGUGUAUGCCUUGGACCGUCUGGAGGAACCUUCUCCUGAGUUCUAUGAAAUUCAGCAGCGCGCCAAGGAGGAGCUGGGAACGGAGUUGCAUUACCGUCGCAUUGAUGUUCGUGACACCGAGUUUCUGGAAAACACUGUCGAAUCAAUCGCCAAUAUUGAGGGUCGCAUGGACGGCUUGGUCGCUGCAGCCGGCAUUCAACAAGAGACUCCUGCCCUCGAAUAUUCUGCUCAGGAUGCCAAUACGAUGUUCGAAGUCAACGUUACUGGUGUGUUCAUGACUGCUAAGGCAGUUGCCAAACAAAUGAUUCGUUUUGGAAACGGAGGUAGCAUUGCACUAAUUGCGAGCAUGAGUGGUACUAUUGCCAAUCGGGGUCUUAUUUGCCCUGCCUACAACGCUAGCAAGGCUGCUGUGCUUCAACUUGCCCGUAACCUCGCCAUGGAGUGGGGUCAGUACAACAUUCGGGUCAACACCAUCUCACCUGGCUAUAUUGUUACUGCCAUGGUUGAGAAGCUCUUCAUUCAAUACCCUGAGCGCCGCGACGAAUGGCCCAAGCAUAACAUGCUUGGACGUCUGUCAACCCCUAAUGAGUACCGGGGUGCCGCCGUCUUCCUUCUCAGUGACGCUAGCAGCUUCAUGACCGGAAGCGAUCUACGCAUGGACGGAGGUCACGCCGCCUGGUAGAUGACAUCGUUACGGGUUUAUUUCAUUAUCAUUCCAUUUUCACAUUUUAGCCUUUCUAUUGCAUGGCGUUGGGAAAGCAAGCGUGAUCGAAAUUUGGAUUCAUAGCCUUAUCAUGACGUCUUGUAUUUUGACAUCCUCCGAGCUGAUAGGAUGGGGUUUGUUUGGGGUUUCCAGCGUUGCAGUUGUCGGAUUGCGUCUUAUUUGGGUGAUUACAGCGAUAUUGUACCUAUACUUAAUGCAUGAGACUUCAUUUGGAACCAGUGGCGCGCCUUAUGGUAGUAAAAGUUUGAAUGUAGAUGAGCGUUGCGGACCCUUGGACAGUCGCGACUGGUGGAAUUAGCUACUAAGAGGUAAAGUUAAGUGAGAUUGCAUGAAUCGUCCUCCACUUAGUGGCAGAUCUGACAGCAUACCUUGUAUGUUCGCACAUAACCCACUUGCGCGGCG